GGUUGAAGAUUUUCCAUGCGUGCUGUCAAAUAUUCCGGAAAAGUGUAAAUAUUGCAUUACUUGUAAUUGUAAUUGUAAUUGUGAUUUUUAUUUACGAAAACCUUGAAGUUACAAUAAGCACUUAAUUACGUAAAACUUGCCAAACAAGUUGUUUUAAGAGCGGCGUUUCCAUUUUUUAAGAAUAUUGUAUCACUAUGGCCCUCGUUCGAUCCUUCCAAAUGUUAAUCCCCUUGGUAGCACCGAAGAUGCCCACAACAUCGCUACUGGGUGCCGGUAAUUUGGCCAGCAGCCUAACGGAAGCUUCGGCUGGCGGUGCUUGGUCUACCUUAUCGGCACGGACCGUCAUCCGCAAUCAGUUUCCCCGGGCCAAAGAAACCAAACGGGUACGAGUUCAUGGUUGGUGGACCCGAAUGGCCACCCGGGAAGGUCGACGAAUCUUGAUGCGCCGGAUUUUGAAGGGUCGUCAUGUGUUGUCUCAUUAAUUAUUACUUGAAAAGAUUAGCUCUUAUAAAUUACUGUUCGAUUAUGCCUCAUAA